AUGAUUGACCGGGUGGAGUUCUUGACGGCAGAUGGAGCCCCGGACGAGCAGUUGGCACUUGCAGCAAUGAGCGGAUCCCUUGGUACAGCGUUGUUUCCAAACAUCAAAGCUACCUGCCGGGACUUGUGCCAUUCUGUGAGGAGGAUUGGGAAGAGGCCUUCAUACACCGAUUCCUUCCUGAAGGAAACGUUCCUUGAUUGCAUACCACGUGGCAUGGUUUUUCUGGCAUUGGCAUUCAAAGUGAUCAUCAGUGAUCUGAUUCUGAUUGGUUGA